CCAACUCCGAGCUCGUUAAAGAGUUUGCGAAUGUGAAAAAGGGCAGGGUUCGCCUUCUCCAAAUGCGCAUAGUUGAUGAGGAAAUUAGCCUGAUCAAGUCGGUCAAAGUGCACGGGAGCUGGGAGGAUGACUUUGAUGCCAACGUCAAGCCAUUACAAGAUGCCCAUUUGGCUUCAUACAUUCUAUACAGACUUGAUUCCAAAAAACACGACGCUUAUGAGUGGCUUCUCUUAACAUGGAUGCCCGAAUCAGCUGACGUAAUUUUCUUUAAAGCCGACAUUUGGUUGGCUACUUUACGCCGACAAUUUGGGGACGACUUUUUGGCAGACGACGUAGUUUGUCAUGAUGCGUCUGACCUGAGUUUGGAGGGAUACAAAAGGCACCUGGCCUCAAAGGCUGCUCCCGCACCGCUAACUGCAAUGGAAGCCGAAUAUCAGUUAAACAGUGAGGCCGCUACGACACACAACUCUUUUGCUGAUGUAAGCAGUAGCUUCGGUGGCAUCGCUUUUCCUCUGACUUCGGAAGCAAUUUCUGCGGUUGAAAAGUUUGCCCGCAAGAAGCUGGUAUACCUUCAAUUUGUAAGUGGUUUCCUUUAUAAGCCAACUUUUAUAACCUUAUGCGUAAUUUACCGAUCCAUUUGA